AUGUCCUCUCGUCUCCUCAACCAGUCGCUCGGCCAGCUCGGCCAAAAGGAUCGUCGGGCGGCUCCCGGCGGCGGUUCCUCGCGCAACUCGCCCUACAACCGACCCGACCGAAGCUCGAGCGGAUCGGAUGGAGCGUGGAAGCACGAUAUGUUUGACGCGCACAACGCCGCGGGCGCCAGGGGGAGGGGUCCUCGCGGCGGGCCAGGCUCCGCGGGCGCCUCUCUCAAGCCCACCGCCAAGCUGACCAUCGACAACCUUCACUACGAAGUCAGCGAUGACGAGCUGCGUGAUUUGUUCGAGCGGAUCGGUCCGGUCGUCAAGGCCUUCAUCAAGUACGACCGCUCUGGCCGAUCGACCGGACAAGCCGUCGUCAUCUACGAAAGUGCAGACGAUGCCGCAGCCGCCAAGGGAGAGUACGAUGGCGCGAAAGCCAAGGGCCAGGUCAUCACCAUCACGCAGGAGAUGCGCGCAGAGCGCCCACCGCGCGGCAACGCGUCAGCGGCAGCAGCGGCAGACGGCUCGGGCGGCAAGGAUCUGUUGUCGCGCUUCGACCUCUUGUCCCGGAUGGGAGGACCGAAACCGGAGGCGCCGCGCAACGCGCCCAGGGGACCGGCUGCCGACUCGGCGCGGUCAUCAGGCGGUGGACGCGCGUCGGGUCGGCCCGGUCCGCAACGCAGCGUCAGCGGAGGUGGGAGGCAGCAGUCGACGGGACGCAGCGGUGGCCGCGAGAAGCGCAAGCCCGCGACGCAAGCCGACCUCGACGCCGAGCUCGAGGCCUUCAUGAAGGCACCGCCGGGUGCCGCAGCGGCAGCGCAACCCGCCCAGCAGCCCGCAGCGCAGCCCGCUCCUGCCCCUGCGCCCAACUCGACGGCCGCCUCGAUGCACGCCGUGCCGACCGAGGACGUCGAGAUGUCCUGA